AUGUUUCUACAGUAUGCUCUCCCUGCUGCUGUUCGUCCCAAAAGUGGGACUGGGCAAGAUGGCAGAGGCCACGGAAUCGGCCUUUCGCUCUGCCCGAUAAGCGGCAUGGACAGCGUCGUCCAUCAGAUUCACACUCUAUCGACACAGAAUGAAAGCGACCUCAAGAAGCUCAAGGACUUCCUGAGACAUGAGCAGGAGACCCUCAAGGCAAACGCCCCCCAGAUCGAUCAAGCCCUGCAAGCGCUGGAUCCCGUGCAGUGCACCCUAGGCGUAGCCUACCUGCUGCAGGCACAGCUGAGUGCUGCCGUGUUUUCAAACCAGCGGGCGACCUUCGCCUUCAUCUGCAACUUCCUGCAAGUCGCAGACGGACUCCAGGCCAAGAAGGCGGCAUCUCCCAUGACAGCGGUUUGCCGGAGCUUCUCUCAGAUGGCCAUCGAGCUGGGACAGCAGGCGAUGCUGAAGAGCCUGAAACCAUUGCGGUCCGCCCUGGAAAAGCUGCAAGACACGCCCGAGACCUUGACGCCGGUGCACUCGGAGUUCCUGCGCGUCUGCUUGAAAGUCAAGGUCUACCACCUGGCAGCACGGCUCCUCGACCAGCCGAUCUUCGACAUCUCUGCGAGCAACAGUACCGGCAACAGCAGUCCCGCGCAACUGACGCCACAGAGCCUCGAGGGCUCGUUUGGGACGGGGAUGGUCCGGCCCUCAAGCCUUGGGUUUGCCAUGGAGACGGCCGCUGAGAAAGUGGUCCUUUCCCUGGAGUUUGCAGCAAAGGAACUGGUUCUGCAAAGGUCUGUGGCGACCGGGCCCUCUGUCAUCGAGGCUCCGCUGCUGGUCCUUUGUGCGAUGGACUUUGCACCAGAGCUGUUGGCUCCCCCUCCGCAGGCUCCGUCCAGCGCCGUGAGCUUCGCGGGCCGUGGCAAGGCCCUGCUCUUCGAGGCGGAGUCCGGCGGCGGCGCUCGGGUGCCUCGGGUCAGGCCCUUCUGGGUGCUGCUGGCCACAGCGGGGCCAGAGGAGCAACUAGAGGUGCAUGCCUCCGUGUGCUUCGACGUGGCGCCUGAGGUCGCUCGUGCCUGUGCUCGCGCCAAAAGGAAAGGCCAAAGUCACGCCUUUCAUCGCACUUCUGCGGAGCUGGUCUCAACGUCGACCGAGCAGGUCGUGGCAGUCCUUCAAUGCGCGAUCAGGGUUUCCUGUCUUCGUGGCAGCUUAGCCGUGGUGCCUGACAUCCAGGUAGUGAGCGCGGACGAAGCGGAGGGCUGCGAGGACAUCGAGGUGAGGAGCUCUCCGGUGCCGCCACGACCAGAGCAGAGGAGCAGAGGAGUGGAGGUCGAAACGACUCCUGGCCACUUACGGGGCCCGGGCCUGGACGAGACCUGGUAUGCGGGGCCCAUCGAGAUUCAGACGCUGCAGGAGCCAUCGAAACCUGCCGGUGAUCGAGAGGAAGCUGCUGCUGAAAGCGCAGAUCCAGAGGCCCUCUCCGCCCUGACGUUGGCGUCGCAGAUGACCCGCGAGCUGCUGGAGCUCAGUGAGACGGGGCAGAACGGGACGCGCGAGUUCCUGAAAGCACUGCAGCUACUUUUGGUGGUCCUCACAUGCCCCGCAACCUGUCUAAGUGCCAUCCAGGCGGACGCGUACAAAAAGUACGUGCUGCUGUGCCUUAAGGUGCAUGGCGAGGUCAAGUUGCUGCCCAUCUACACAUCGCAUAUCCUUGUGAGGUAUUCAAAAAGCCCCAGCUACGUCCUGGACAUUGCCGAGGCUUUCAAGGCUUCAGACAUCGCCGGCCUGCAGAGGAUUAUCGAAGAGAAGCAGCCGGCCAUCGAGGCAGAUCAGAAUCUGGGUCUUGUGAAGCAGGUGCUCUCCGCCAUGAGGCGACACAAGAUCCUCACCUUGACCAAGACGUAUCUGACGCUGUCGCUGGCAGAAAUCGCUUCUGAGGCUGGCAUACAAGGCGAUCAUGCCGAGGCAGAAGCGAUCCUCUUCGACAUGAUCUCCGAGAACGAGAUCCAGGCGAGGAUCGACCAGCGCACCGGCAACGUGUCCUUCGAGGAUGCUGAGAACCUGGACAUGGACAUGAUGCAGACGCUCCAGGGAAAGCUGGGGCAGAUCAUGGAACUGUCGCAGAGGAUCAGCGGUUUCGAGCAAGAGGUAGUGACGAGCGAGUCCUAUGUGCGGAAGACGAGCCUGCUGGACAUGUCUGCAGAACGCCAAGCUGGCGCCAUGUCCUACGACCUCAUGGACAUGUGA